CUACUCCUCCGUGUCCCACGUAUCACUCAUUUCACCGACACGCUCCUCCAUUUUCUUACAGAUUAAGAUUACCCGAAUCUUAAAUAAGUCAAAUUGCUAAAGUAUAAGAACAAAGUUGUCUGUGAGAAUCGUCAUCGCUCAAUCAUGGCUUCUUCUAAAUCCUCGGAAACCCGAAACUCUCUUUACCCAGAAGUCAUUCUCUCAAACCCUGAUGCCACUUCUCCUUUUAACAAAAAUCCAACUUCUUCUUCUUCUUCUUCUUCAUCGUCUUUGUAUCCAACUAUAGACAUGAAAGACAUCGCUGAUAACCUCUUUCCCGAAGACGAUACUGUUUGGCAGAACCAGAGCUCUCCACUACAACAACCACCAUAUGAGGAACUUUUGAUUAAGAUUCCAGGAGCGAUUGUUCACCUCAUAGAAAGAGACCGAAGUGUAGAGCUUGCUUGCGGCGAGCUUGAGAUAGUCAGUAUCAAACAAGGCGACACCACUGUUGCUGUUCUUGCUCGUGUUGGCGAUGAUAUUCAGUGGCCACUUGCGAAGGACGAAGCCGCAGUUAAGCUCGAUGAGUCGCACUACUUCUUCACUCUCCAUGUACCCGGAAAUGGGUCGAUGGAAGAUGAUCAAGACACGAUUGAAAUCGAAAAGGAGGAUGAGAUGUUGAAUUAUGGGGUAACGUUUGCCUCGAAAGGACAAGAGGGGUUAUUGAAAGAAUUUGAUAAGGUAUUGGAAAAUUGCAGUGCUUUCACGGUGCAAGAAGUGCGAGAGAUGGGGAACUGGGAGGUGUUGGAUGGGACUUCCGCAAAGGAGGUGUACCCGGAGGAGUUAAACGAGGAGGAGAAGAAAGAGAUGAUGGAGAGGCAAUCAUCCGCUUAUUGGACUACUUUGGCUCCCAAUGUGGAGGAUUAUGGUGGCAGUGUUGCGAGGAUGAUCGCAGCAGGGUCGGGACAGUUGAUUAAAGGGAUAUUGUGGUGUGGUGAUGUGACUGUGGAUAGAUUGAAGUGGGGGAAUGAAUUCUGGAGCACGCGGAUGGGAAAGGGAGAGAAAUCUAAGAUUAGCCCAGGUGCAAUGAGGAGAGUAAGAAGGGUUAAGAGGUUGACGAAAAUGUCGGAGAGAGUUGCGGUGGGAAUCCUUUCUGGCGUUGUGAAAGUCACAGGAUUCUUUACCAGUCCAAUUGUGAAUUCCGAAGUGGGCAAGAAAUUUUUUAGCCUUCUGCCUGGAGAAAUUAUCCUUGCUUCGUUGGAUGGAUUUAAUAAGGUAUGUGAUGCUGUUGAAGUUGCUGGAAGGAAUGUGAUGUCAACCACAUCAGUUGUAACAACUGGACUUGUUUCACAGAGGUAUGGAGAGCAAGCUGAACGGGUGACAAAUGACGGGCUUGAUGCUGCAGGGCAUGCCAUUGGGACUGCUUGGGCUGUGUUCAAGAUAAGAAAGGCUCUUAAUCCCAAGAGCGUGUUCAAACCUACAACUCUUGCAAAAGCAGUUGCAAAGGCAAAUUCUGCUGAACUGAAGGCCAAGAACAAAUAGAAGUAUCUGAAAUUGUUGGGUUUUGUGUGUAUUGUUUAUUAAUAGCGUAUCUCACUACUAUGUUGGUUCAUGGUUGACCUUUGAGUUGAUAAAGGACAAGUUUUUUGUUGUAAAAUUGUCAUAGAAUGCAAACUGGAGAUUGUAUUACACUUCAUGGCCGAUUAAGUAAAAAUGCUUUGUGCCCUCGUUGUUUU